UAACUGGGCUAAACUGUGUUUAUCUGUGUACAGACUGCAGCCGGGAAGCACAGACACCAUGUCCACUGCUGGGAAAACAAUUGAGUGCAAGGCAGCCGUGGUCUGGGGACCUGACCAACCCUUCAGUGUAGAGACCAUUCAAGUUGCUCCUCCAAAAGCUCAUGAAGUUCGUGUAAAGAUAGUGGCAUCUGGAGUUUGCCAUACAGAUUACCAUAUCAUGGUUGGAGCAGUAGCUAAUGUGAAGUACCCAUUGAUUUUGGGGCAUGAAGGAGCUGGUAUAGUGGAAAGUGUGGGAGAAGGAGUGAAAAAAGUAAAACCAGGAGACAAAGUAAUUCCUCUGUCGCUUCCCCAGUGUGGAGAAUGCCAGAACUGUUUAAAUCCCAAGAGCAACAUAUGUGAAAAAUCUGAUUUUGGGAAAUUUUCCGGGCUCAUGUUGGACAACACCAGCAGAUUUACAUGCAAGGGGAAACUGAUUCACAACUUUGUCAGCACCAGCACCUUUACUGAAUACACUGUAUUGGAUGAAAUAUGCGUGGCUAAGAUUGAUGACAAUGCUCCUCUCGAUAAAGUGUGUUUGAUUGGCUGUGCAUUUUCCACUGGUUACGGUUCUGCUCUGAACACUGCUAAGGUUGAGCCAGGAUCUACAUGUGCUGUGUUUGGCCUGGGUGGUGUUGGUCUGUCUGGAGUUAUUGGCUGUAAGGCAGCUGGUGCUUCUAAGAUCAUUGGAGUGGAUACAAACAGCAAUAAGUUUACAGCAGCCAAAAAAUUAGGAGCCACUGAAUGCAUUAAUCCAAAUGAUAUUAAGGAACCUGUCCAUGAAGUGCUCACAAAGAUGACUGGCCUGGGAGUGGACUACUCAUUUGAGUUUGUGGGAGACACCAAUGUCAUGCUGUCUGCUCUUCUGUCCACCAACUUUGCAUCUGGAACAACAGUUAUUGUUGGCCUAGCUCAUGCGACAGCAAAGAUGAGCUUCGAUCCAAUGGUGCUGCUCUCAGGACGAACUUUGAAAGGCAGUUUACUUGGAGGAUUUAAAAGCAAAGAUAUCCCAAAACUGGUUUGUGAUUUAAUGGCAAAGAAGUUUGACCUUGAUGGAUUGAUAUCACACAAAAUGCCACUUGCAAAAAUCAAUGAAGCGUAUGAUCUCCUUAACAAAGGAGAAAGCCUUCGCACCAUUUUGAUUAUGUAAUUGUCGCUGCAUCAGAAGGGAGUUUGAGUGAACAUCUUCAAAUCAGAGAAAUCAAUGACCGAUAUUAUAAAGGUUUCCCAUAAUACAGUAGUGAUACAAUAUUAGUCUGCUUUCAUUUGCCAAUGGCUAAAUAAGGAGAAAUACACAUUUUUAGUUUAUUCAUGAUUCUGCCCAUUUAUACAAUUUCUGAACUACUUAACAUGUUACCUUUCACGUGAGGGUGAUUUCAGUAAAUACUGCAUAUUCCUUGAUUGUCAUGGUUACUAGAGAAAAGUAUGGAGCAAAAUGUCUUUUGAAUUAUUUCAAACUGAGGAUUUGUCCCUACUGUUACUGAGUUGGAAAGUAAAUACCUGCAGAACACUGUAUAUGUAUUUAAGGCAACCAAUUCUUGUCCCUCUAGACCAGUGGUCCCCAACCUUUUUUUCCCCAUGAGCCACAUUCAAAUGUAAAAAAAAGUCGAAGAGCAACAUAAGCAUGAAAAAGUCACUGAGGGUACCAAAUAUGGGCUGUGAUUGGCUGUUGGUAGAGCCUAUGUGGUCUGGCAGCCUACAGGAGGCUCUGUUUUGUUGUACACAUAGACCUUGUAUUUGAGCAUCACUAUUCAAAACUGCAAUCUGAUUUACUUUUUAAAUAGCUUGUCCAUCUGUAAUGUGCAAAAAAACAAGCAUCCAUAAAGUCUGCUGUUCCUUGGCACUUACUGUUCAGAGCUGUUUGGCCAAUCUGGGUCAUUAUUUAUAUGUCAGUUUUAAUAAAGGAUGACUACAACAUG